ACUCCUAAAUCGUGGACGGAUGUUCGUUUGGUCCCAGAAUCAGGCAAAACAAUUACUCGUUGCUAAAGAGGACGAGGAAUCUGACGUAGGAGCGAGAUGGAAGAAUGAGAAAACAAACGACGAGCUGGAUGGAAUGAAGGGCGCGGGGACUUACUACCGGGAAAAUGAAGUGCCCUUUGAAGAGGGCAAACCACUUGACCCUGACGAAAGAGAGAGGAUAAGCUCCCAGGCCCCGUCGUAUUGGGUGGGGGAGAGACUCCUCGAUUUAGGAGCUGGAGAUGGUCACGUGACUCAGGUACUAGCCAGCGGUGCCAUGUACGUGGAUGUGACGGAAGCUUCGCCCGUAAUGAGAAGACGUCUCCGAGACCUUGGCUACAGGGUGCUGGAUACCUGGAAAUGGAUGGACGAAACUGAAGGCAUCCGGUAUGACGUCAUCACUGCUUUAAAUCUUUUGGAUCGCUGUGACACCCCGAGAACGCUUCUCCGGGAUAUUCAUAAGAAGUUGACCGACCACGGGUCUCUUGUCAUUGCUCUAGUCCUGCCUUUCUGCCCCUACGUCGAAACAGGCAGUGCUGACAAUUUGCCAUCUGAAAACCUGGGAAUCUCUGGAUCAACUACUGAAGAACAAGUGAAUUCCCUUGCUACAGAAGUAUUUCCAAGUUUAGGUUUCAAACUAGUCAAGUGGACAAGACUGCCUUAUUUAUGUGAGGGUGACAUCGACCAAGCAUUUUACUGGCUUUCUGAUGUAGUUUUAGUUUUGCAAAAAUCAGAGAAUAGUUUAUCAAGUAACAACCUAUAUGAAAGAUUCACUGAUGAUAACCUUCUUGAUGUCAAAUCUGAGUUAUAACUUGAGAAUCAAAUGUUUCUAUUGUACAGCAAUCUUGCUAUUUUUCUAAAACAUGAGGGUUAAGUAAAUAUGAAACUGGG